CUCGUAAAAUUUCUGAACGAAAGUGGGGUCAAAGUACCCGAUUUUAUUAAUUUGUUAUUGUUAUUUUAUAUUUUUAUUUAGGUUUAUAAAGCAUUUCUUCUAGGUUUAAUAAGCUUUUAAAAUGUUUGGUGCCAUCUCUAGGUCCGUGCUGGUAUUCGCUCCGACUGCUGUGCGACAGUCGAGGUGUAUAGCCUCGCUGUCUGCUCUGCCCGACACAUAUCAGAUGUUAUAUAAAACCUGCCGGGAUUUCGCUGAAGGAGAAUUGAAGCCGAACGCGGCAAAGUAUGACCGUGAUCAUUUAUACCCUGGGGAAGCUAUUAAGAAGAUGGGCGAACUGGGUUUGAUGUCAAUAGCGGUCCCUGAAGAGCUCGGCGGCGCGGGGUUGGACUACCUGGCAUAUGCCAUCGCCCUGGAGGAGGUAUCCCGAGGCUGCGCGUCUGCUGGCGUCAUCAUGUCUGUUAACAACUCACUAUACCUCGGACCCGUCCAAGGCUGGGGUACUGACAAGCAGAAGCAAGAGUAUAUCACACCUUUUUGUGGCGGUGAUACCAUUGGCUGUUUUGCCCUGUCAGAACCGGGCAACGGAUCUGAUGCAGGUGCAGCCUCUACUACUGCCAAAGAUGGUGGCGACAAAUGGAUCCUUAAUGGCACUAAAUGCUGGAUCACUAAUGGUUACGAAAGCAAAGCUUCUGUUGUAUUUGCUACUACAGACAAAAGCUUGAAGCACAAAGGAAUUUCAGCCUUCAUAGUUCCAAAGCCUAUCAAAGGUCUAGAGUUGGGAAAGAAAGAAGAUAAAUUAGGUAUAAGAGGGUCUUCAACUUGUUCACUUAUAUUUGAAGACUGUAAUAUUCCUAAAGAGAACAUCCUGGGACAGCCAGGUUUAGGCUUCAAGAUUGCUAUGAUGACAUUAGAUGCUGGUAGAAUCGGCAUUGCAUCACAGGCCUUGGGAAUAGCGCAGGCGUCAUUAGAUGUGGCGGUAGAUUACGCAUCAAAACGCAUCGCCUUCGGCAAACCCAUCAUGAAGCUACAAGCCAUACAAAACAAACUAGCAGACAUGGCAAUGCAAUUAGAAUCAGCGAGGUUGCUGACGUGGAGGGCGGCGUGGCUAAAGGAUAACAAGAAGCCAUAUACCAAGGAGGCAGCGAUGGCUAAACUUGCCGCGUCUGAAGCUGCUACCUUCCUGUCGCAUCAGUGUAUUCAGAUUCUAGGCGGCAUGGGCUACGUAUCUGAUAUGCCUGCGGAGCGACACUACCGCGACGCGAGGAUCACGGAGAUCUACGAAGGAACAUCAGAGAUCCAGCGACUUGUAAUAGCUGGACAAGUAAUCAAGGAGUAUGGAUUUUAAUUUAUGAGUAGUUUCUGAAAGUUGUUAGGAGAGUUCUCAUACAUAUACGAGAUGCACUUGUGUUCAACUGUAAAUUAAGCAGUAAUAAGCUUGCUUAAUUCUUAGUUCAACAUGUUUUAAUGGGUAUUUGAUAUAAAGAGAAGCUGAUUUUAUAAUUUGAAAUUAAUUUAACUAUUGUGUGGGAACUCUCCAUAACUCCCUCGUAAAAUAUUUUUUGUAGACACAAAAUGAACUAUGGAUUUCUAUCUUUCCUACAAUUUUUAUUGUAUGUUUUACCUCUGACAUCUGCAGCUCAAUAUAGAUAAGUGAAAAUGAGAAGUGUAAAAAAAAUGUUAUGAACUUAUGAUCAUGCAUACUUUAUGAUACUGUAAAAAAGAAUGAUAUUUUUGGAAGGGCUCUAUUUUUGGAAUAUCGAUAAAACUUUUUGAUGUUUAAAUUUUAUUUAUUUAUACUAUAACACAUUUGUUAAAAGAAAUUAUUGAUCAAAUUUUGUAUUUAUUCCCUAUUGAAAACAUAAGAUGACAUUCAAACAAAAUGUUUUCACAGAAAAAUAUAAAAUUAUGUACAAUAUUAAGUUAUAAGUAAGUCUUUGUGAAAAGAAUGUAAAAAUAAAUGCUUAGACAGUA